AUGGGCAGAAGGCGCAAAAACAAAGCCCCCCUGGUGCCCCUGGAAGAUCGCCCGAUGGAAACGAGACUCACAGCCACUCUGUACGAUAGAGAUGACUGCAAUGCCGCAAUUCGCGGCCAAAAAAUUCCUGGUUCUCUCGGACUGAAAGUCCAACGCUUCGCUGUUAUCCGUGGCAUUCGACACCACGACGGUUUCGCCCACGAGUUACGCGGCGUCACACCGGAGUUCACUCGUGCACUCAACGCGCGUGCAAUUAUGAGCGGAGUGAUCCCGGAGAUGAAUAACUCCGCUGAGAUACCCUAUUGCAUCUGGUAUCCGGAACCUCCAUCCCAGGAGACCCUUCGCAACUUGGUGAAGCGGUAUCCCAACAUGAUUUAUCACGCUGCUCGCUCCUGUGCCGUGGCGGGAUAUUCUGAUCUUUACUCAGAACUUCAGGUUCUUCCUGAGGUUCAUGUUGCUGCCGAGGCUCGCGACGCUAGCCUAGCAAGGAAGAACAAAGGCAGCGAGACAAUAUUCGAGCAAAUAAUGUCGAAUCAUGUGAAAUUUGAAAUCAUGAAUGAUUAUGAUCGAUCUGUCAAUCUUGAAAACCCUCGUCCGGCACACCCCAAUGGAGAUACGGCGGUUUUUUCCGAUCUCACUGCACGGAUGCUUCAUGCAGGAGGGGAAACCGACAGCAGCUAA